GGUGACACCAUCAGUCCGCUGCAGCCCCCCCUGUGCCAGGAUGACUUGAGGAUGUGAUCUGCAGUCCAUCUAAAGCCUGGCUGAGGUCCGCAUGCUGCCACCACUCUGGUCCCUGUCCCCCAGCCCGGGCCGUGCAUUCCCGCCAGGAGGAAGCACAGGAGUGAGUCUUCUGAGCCUGUGGAGCAAGCAAGUGGCCGACAACGGAGGGACCCCGGGCCAGCGGCUUCUCGGUUUGUUGGAAACAUUCUCCCACAGCGGCUCCGCAAGAUGACCAGCCUGUUUCGCAGGAGCAGCAGCGGCAGCGGCGGUGGCGGGGCCACGGGGGCUCGCGGGGCCGGGACCGGGGCUGGGGAUGGCAGCGCGGCCCCUCAGGAGCUCAACAACAGCCGGCCGGCCCGCCAGGUGCGCCGCCUGGAGUUCAACCAGGCCAUGGACGACUUCAAGACGAUGUUUCCUAACAUGGACUACGACAUCAUUGAGUGCGUGCUGCGUGCCAACAGCGGCGCGGUGGAUGCCACCAUAGACCAGCUGUUACAGAUGAACCUGGAGGCGGGUGGUGGCAGCGCCUACGAGGACAGCUCGGACUCGGAGGACAGCAUCCCACCAGAGAUCUUGGAAAGGACUCUGGAGCCCGAUAGCUCUGAGGAAGAGCCCCCGCCUGUGUAUUCACCGCCAGCAUACCACAUGCACGUGUUCGACCGGCCUUACCUGACUGCUCCUCCAACUCCACCUCCCCGGAUUGAUGUCCUGGGCUCUGGACAACCUGCAAGCCAGAGGCGCUACAGAAACUGGAACCCACCCUUGCUGGGCAACCUCCCAGAUGACUUUCUCCGAAUCCUGCCCCAGCAGAUGGACAGCAUUCAGGGUCACCCUGGGGGCUCCAAGCCUAUGAGUGGAGAGGGAGUCCCACCUGUGGCACCAGGGCCCAUGGCCUGCGACCAGGACAGCCGCUGGAAACAGUACCUGGAAGAUGAGAGAAUCGCUCUCUUCCUGCAGAAUGAGGAGUUCAUGAAGGAGCUGCAGCGGAAUCGGGACUUCCUCCUCGCCCUGGAGAGAGACCGAUUGAAAUAUGAAUCCCAGAAAUCCAAAUCCAGCAAUGUGGCCGUCGGAAGUGACGUUGGCUUUCCCUCCUCUGUCCCAGGAACCAAUGAUACCAACCCCACUGUGUCAGAAGACGCCUUAUUCAGGGACAAGUUGAAACACAUGGGAAAAUCCACGCGCAGGAAGCUGUUUGAACUCGCCCGAGCCUUCUCCGAGAAGACCAAAAUGAGGAAGUCAAAGAAGAAACAUUUACCGAAGCUUCAGUCGCUGGGGGCUGCUGCAUCCACGGCCAACCUCCUGGAUGACGUGGAGGGCCAUGCUUAUGAGGAAGACUUCCGGGGAAGGCGGCAGGAGGAGCCUAAGGCGGAAGAGACCCUAAGAGAAGGACAGUAAGAGGUGAGGCGUGG